AACGGCUCUGUACUUGGGAUGGUACCUUCAUCCCCACAUAACCCCUCCUCCUAUUCCUCGUCCUUUUCAUUCCCACUUCUCCGAAAUACCCUUGCCAAUUCCUCUUAUUUUACACUCACCACGCCUUUCCAUCCGCGCAAUUUGAAAUCAUCGUUGAGGGUAUUUUCGUCAUUCCACCCCCCGGGUGCUGUGAUGUUCUCACCCAGGGGAGGUGCUUUCCGGAGCCGGCUUUCCUCAUCCUUCCCUUCUUCACGGUCUUAACCCCACCCGCUGUCUUGUCGCGCCGGAUAUGCUCCGCCGGAUAAGUUCCGCCGGUUUUGUUAUCUCGCACAGGCCCCAAAGCCCCCAGUAGAUUUAGAAGCGGAGACGCACAACAAAUAGAGAACACCUUCUCGUCUCUCCGCCAAUCAUGCCGUCGGCACUCAAAAAUGCUCUACUCCGCCGACAUACCAGCUUCGACUCCCUCCUCCCCCUCCUCCAUCCCUUCGUCCCCGUUCCCUACUUCCUCUUUAUCCCCACCUAAAAAACGACAAAAAACCGCCGCCCUUUUCUCGAAUAAUUGGCCGGGAAAAGUCACGAUGACGAGGACCCCCCAGCCCCCUGAAUCGAUCCUGGCCGUCCUUCCCGUAGACCUCUUGGUACAGAUCCUGGACCGCCUGCCGGACUCCGGCGACCGGAAGUCGUUCCGCCGCGUCUCCCGUGGCUUCCUCAGGGCGGAGGCCCUUCACCGCCGCGCCCUCCGCGUCCUCCGCCGCGAGUCUCUCCCCUCUCUCCUCUGCCGCUACUCUGCCCUCGAAUCCCUUGAUCUCUCCCCCUGCCCCGCCCUCGACGACCCCACCCUCGCCACCGCCCUCCACAGCGCCGGUGGCCUCCAGACGCUCAAGAACGUGUGCCUCGACCUCUCGUACUGCGUCGGCGUCGGAGACCAGGAGGCCGCGGCGCUAGCGGCCACCGGUGGGCUGAGGGAGGUGAGGCUGGACAAGUGCCUUGGGAUCACCGACGUCGGGCUGGCGAAGCUGGCGGUGGGGUGCCCUGGGAUCGAGAGGCUUGGCAUCAAGUGGUGCAUGGAGAUCUCGGACCUCGGGAUCGAUCUCCUCUCGAAGAAGUGCCGAGAUCUCAAGGUCUUGGAUAUCUCCUACCUCAAGGUGACAAACUUUUGUCUUCAGUCAAUCUCCUGUCUUGAAAAGCUGGAAGAUCUGACAAUGGUUGGAUGUUCUCAGAUAAGUGAUGAAGGUCUGAGAUUUCUCAAAAAUGGAAGCAAUUCAUUGCGGAGCAUCGAUGUUUCACGAUGCAGCAAUGUGAGCACAUUGGGCUUAGUCUCAGUUAUUGAAGGACACAAGUGUCUCCAAAAGAUCAAUGCUGGGGAUUGUUUUCCUGAGCUAGUACCACUCUUUCUCUCUAGGUUGAGUGUUAUUAGAGGUACGUUGAAGGUAUUAAAAGUAGAUGGUUUUCAUGUUUCGGCUACAAGUCUUCGGAUCAUUGGCAUCCACUGCAAGACUUUGGAAGAAAUUGGGCUCGGUAAAUGCAAGGGUGUGACAGAUGAAUGCAUUUCCGAGCUCGUAACAUGUUGUCCUGAUUUAAGGACAGUUGAUCUCACAUGCUGCCAUCAGGUCACAGACGGUGCCCUUAUUGCAAUAGCAGAUCACUGUAAAAGGCUUGAAUGCCUCCUGUUAGAAUCCUGCUCGCAAAUCACCGAGAAGGGUCUUGAUCGGAUUGGGACUUGUUGCUCUGAUCUGAAGGAGGUAGAUCUCACUGAUUGUCCUAUCAAUGAUACAGCACUCAAGUGUUUGUCUCAAUGCUCAGAGCUGAUGUCAUUGAAGUUAGGUCUUUGCCCAAAUAUUUCUGAUAAAGGCCUCCUUCAUAUUGGAUCCAACUGCAGAAAGCUCCUAGAACUUGAUCUCUAUCGUUGCACUGCUGUUACUGAUGGUGGGGUGGAUGCCAUAGCCGCUGGUUGCAAGAAUCUAAAGAAGUUGAAUGUGUGCUACUGCACGCUUAUCACCGAUGAAGGGCUGAAGCAUCUAAGCUGUUUGAAAGAGCUAUUAGACUUAGAGAUGAGACGGCUAGUUAAUGUCACAAGUGCUGGUAUAGCAGCAAUUGCCUUUGGUUGCAGGAGUCUAGUUGAGCUGGACAUGAAGCGCUGCUACUCUGUAGAUGAUGCAGGCUUGUGGGCUCUUGCUCAAUACUCAAACAACCUCAGACAGAUUAAUAUAUCAUACUGCCCUGUUACGGGCGUGGGCCUCUGCAAGCUUCUUGGGACUCUAAGGUGCCUGCAGGAUGCAAAGCUGGUGCACCUCACGGGGGUGUCGAUCGAGGGGUAUGAGCUUGCGCUGAGAACCUCCUGGGAUAGGCUGAAGAAGCUGAAACUGCUUGGUGGGCUGAGACAUUUUCUCUCCCCCGGGCUACUUCAGAUGCUGAAAGCUCGUGGAUGCAGGAUUCGGUGGGUGGACAAGCCUCUGCUCUUCGGGGUAUAAAGACAGUUCUGCUGCCUCCCUUUCAGCAAACUUCUGUAACAAUAUCAUGUGAAAGAGUCGAGCGACCUGGCUUUGUUUGGAAAUGUUCUUAUUGUGGUAGUUGAUGCAAUAUCCAUGAAAGGUGAUGCCUGCCUUUGCUCAGAGAACCAAACAUCUUGGGCCAUGGACGCUGGAUAGAACCUUUAAGAGCUUAGCUAAGUACUUUAAGUGAUUGAAAACUUGUGCUAUGCCACGUUAUACUCCGAAAGAUGCUUGUUGCCCAAACAAAAGAAAGAAGGUUGUUUUUGAUGUCUCAGCUGGAGUUGGCUGCUAUUCUUGGGUCAAAGAGAUCCUCCCUCAUUUACUUCUCAAUGCUAUGCGGUGCACUGUCAUUGUUGUGAACCC